GGCUUGAGCGUGAAGGAAAGAAGUAAUGUAGGGGAGCAAACUAAAAGAAGAGGAGGAUCUUCUUGGGAAGAAAUGAAGAGAAGAGGAGGGCCAAUGUGCAAAUGUGGCAGAUCAGAGAGGGGAAUGAAAUCCCUAGCCGCACCUCAUUGCAAAUCGGUGCCUGGCAUCUCCAUCCCCUCUUUCCCCCGCCUCCUUCUUCCACCUCCGGCCGCCGCCGCGGCCAGGCCGGCGUGGCGGCGCGCCACCCAGCACCUCCACCUGCUCCACAACCCCGCAGCACCUCCACCCGUGCCAUCGCGCUCCCACCACAUCACCAUCACCACCAGCACCACCGCGCGCCACCACUCUCCUCCCCCUACACCAUCCAUCCAUCGCAGCCGCGCCACCGCGCCAUCACCAGCAUCCACCAUCAUCGAUCCAUCUCCACCUUCACUGCGCCAUCCCUCCACCAUCUCCAGCCACCGCCGUACCUCGCGCGCCCAACCAGACAAAGGGGAGCAUAGGCGUCUGGUCAUCCGCGUGAGGGCGCCCCCGUUUUGCUGCUCUACUUCUCCUAACACAUGAUGUUGCUCUUCUCUCCACGCCCCCACUGCUUCUUCUUUUUCCCCUUAACCUCCUACUGCUGUCUCCUCGUCUUCCUCCCUGAACCAUAACUGCUGCUGCUCCCUUCUCCUCACGCCUCUGCUACAGGCUGCUUCUCCUUAUCUGAACCAACUGCUGGCUGCUAUUACUUCUCCCCAAAACUGUCGCUGCUCCUCUUUCUUGCUGCUCCUUUUCUCAAAUGCCCCUGCUGCUCCUAAUCUGAACCAUAAACUGCUGCUAUCUCUCUUUUAUCCUCUCUAUAUUCUCUGAAUUUCUAUAAGCUGAGAUGUGCAAUGCCUUGUAAUGUUCAGAUUUGGGUUGUGCUUGAAACUUGGUCAGUUUCAGAUUUGUGCUUGAUUAGUAGUACUUAUUUUGUUCAUCUGAGAGUAUUAGAACAGUAUCCUGUAGUAUCAUAUUCGUAUUUGUGUUUGUGUGUGUUCAUCUAAUUUGUUCUAGUUUAUAGUCCAUGUGUUUACUCUAGUACGAGUGUUAUAUAAAUAUGUGUGUGUGUGUGUGUGUGUGUGAGUGAGGGAUUGUUGUGUGAUGAUGACACUUGUUCAGUCCAAAGGCAUGUGUGUUUCUUACUUAUUUUGUUGACCAGUGACAGUUUGUACUGUUACAUUGUGUCCCUCAUUUCGAAUGUAUGAGAUCUAGCUAUAUAUGUCAUAUAUAUUAUGUACUUGCUGAUGAUUAGUGUCCAGUUUAUUGUUCUUGUGAUAUAUACACAUAUGUGUGUGUUAUGUUCAUGUCCUUUUUACUUCUCUUGUCAUUGAUGUUAGCUUGUGUUAGUAUCUUAAUUUCUCAAGUAUUACAAAAAUACCAAAAAGAAAGUUAGUAAAAUCUGUAUCUACCUUUGCUUGUCCGCAUUUUCAUUGGCGACAAUCUUGAUAGUUUAGGUUUAUUUUCUGUUCCCUUCAUCUGAAUUGUAUUACCAUGCUUUAGCCGAAUAUAGUUGCCAUCGCCUAGUCCCUGAGGAGAACACGACACUCGUAGUUUGGGGCGUAAAAACCCCGCUAUAUUACAAUCGAUCAUUUUGGCGCCAUUGCCGGGGACUAGCGUCGAGCGAUUGUGUUACACUAUAGACUAGGUUUUUCUUGUUUUCCUUUUGUGACAUUUAUAUGUGAUAUAUAUCUAACCCCUAACCACUGUUCUAGUUAUUUUCUGUUCCUUUUCUUGUUUGUUUUGUAGGUUGGAUUGUCUUCAUGGAAAUGGCAUUCAACUCAGACCAUCAUGCUUAUGUGAGCAAUAGCACGGAAAGUGUUCAAGACUUGAUAAGGCCAUUCACCUGCUGAAUGUCAGCGUGGUUACUCUCAUCCUCCGGAUUGUUUUGGUAUGAACUUUGCUCAACAGCAUGGCUCAUGCCAAAAAAAUUACUCAUAUGGGUGGCCUGGAAACCAUAAUAUGUCAUAUAGGAACAACAACCCUGAGAUCUCAUCGUUUGCCUCUAGUUAUCCAAUGCAGGGAUUUAGGUAUGAAGAGGAGAGCCACAACUAUGCUCCACAACAGUCUUAUUCAGCUCCUAUUCAUAUACCUAAGCACCAGGAGAUGUUGCCAAUGAAGUUAAAUGGUCCUCCAUUUGGUCAACCAACACCUUCAACACAAGUGCCUACUCAAGAUGAGUUCGAUGACAUAGACAAGCUCGCACUUUUGAGUCUUGAGUUCACUUGGAGUGCCGAGGAUGAUCCUAUUAGGAAGGUUAUACUAGAUGAAAUGAAGAAGAUCAAGAGUGGGAAUGAGCUAGUGGAAGAAGUAAAGAAGAUUGAGAAGAACAUCAACGCUGGCAGUACUAUUUCUUCACAGCUUGAGCUGAGUAAUUCUGGGAUUCCCCUUGAUACAUGUGAGGUUCCAAUACCGUCACAUCCAGCUGAGAAAGAUAGCAAGUGCCUUGAGGAAGAGAUACCUCAGAUUGAAGAUGUACUCGUAGCCAAGGCACAAGAUGAUCCAGAGCUCAAAUGCCCAAGUGAUCAAGUUGAAGAUCCAAUGUCUAUCCCUCCUGAAGAAGUAAAAGAAGCUGCUGUAGAUGAAGAUGAAGAACAUGAGAUUCAUUUGCCUAUUGUCAUACCAGAGCGUGAUGUGUCAGGUUUACCCAAUCCUCUCGAUGACAUGCGUCCUUAUGAUUCCUUUGCUUCUACCUUGCAUUGCAUGAUGCCAUCUGUUAAAGUAGAUUUGGAAAAGUAUUUUCUUGUAUAUGAUCAUAUAUACCCUGUUAGUGGCAUUACUCACAUUAAUGAUGAUCACAGUUACUUUCCUCGUGCUAGUCCUAUGCUUAAUGAAACAUAUCACUCCCAUGCUAGUAUUGAGCUUAAUGAUAAAUAUCAUCCUCAUGUUAGUGUUGACCUUGCUGAUUUCUACCAUCCUAAACAUGUGCUUUAUAGCUAUGCUUAUGUAAUUGGAUAUUCGAUUGAUGACUUGGAGGGUAUUAUCCCUACCACUUGCAUUGUCUCUUUGGUUGAGUGCUCUUUCAGGUUUUUGCUUCUGCAUCGUUCACUUCAUGCUGACCAGGUUCGAGGUGACAUACCUUGGGACCCUGGUGGACUCAGAGCAUGGGGAUGAGGAGAAGCAAGGGGCACACAUGAAGAGAGAAGCUGGAGGAGGCAUGAGGAUAUAGAAGCAAAAAGAGAAGAGCUGCAGUUCAGAGAGUGAUUGUGUGAGACCUACAUCAUAUAAGCCCGGUGGGCUGUUUCAUGACCCGAAUCUUAAUAUAUCAUCCAUUGAUACAUGCUGAAAUCAUUUGAUAUUUGGGUUGCUUGAGCCAUUUCUUAAAUGUCGUCCCACUGAAUUUUACCUUUGACAUAUGAUGCUUGAUGUGAAUAUGCGAACUGAUUGUUGAAUGCCAUGUAAACUAGUGAUCUACAUAUUGCUUGUUUUGCUGAAAUUAGUGAAAGCUAUUAGUUUUGAGUGCUCAAAUCCCUAGUACACUAGAAAACUUAAUCAUUUUCUGCUUUUACCUCGAUACACCUAGAUCACCACGUUUAGAUGCUGAAUUUGUGCCAAGUGUCUUCCCAUUGAGAGCAAUCACCUAACCACUAUGGAUUAGCAUGCUAUGUUCCCUGGAUCGGUAGCAUGUGAACCAGACAUGGAGAAGUGAUGAUUCCUGUUUUUGUUCUUAUGCAUUGUUCAUUUAAGAUAAGUAAUAAUGAAUAAAUAAGUCUGGCUACCUGCAGUAGCAUGUCAUGUUCCCGGGAUCGGUGGCAUGUGAAAUCGGGUUAGCUUGGGCAGUAAUUAAUAAUAUUAUAAAAUGUAAUUGUCGAACCAGGUGUAUACCAUGUUCUCGGGAUCGGUGGUAUGUUCCUUUGGGGAGACAAACAAACAAAAAAAACUAAUAAUUGGUCGAGCCAGGUGUAUACCAUGUUCUCGGGAUCGGUGGUAUGUUCCUUUGGUAAGACCAAUAAAAUAUUAUCAUUGCUUCCUUCAAAUUCAAUAAGUGGUUCAACCACAAUGUUCCUGGUAAUAAGUGAUCUGAUCACAAGUUCAAGUUCUUUUUAUUUAUUUUUUGGAUCAUGCUCUCUUUAGGAACCAUUUGGCGCAGUCAUCAUUUAAACUUGUUGAUCCUCUUUUAUCAUUGUAAAAGUUUAAAAUGGUCAUGCUUACUAGUAUCCUACUGCUUUGUAGCACUCUUAACCAUCAAUUUUCACUAGCUAAGUCCAAGAGCAUGCAUUGUUUAGAGAUCUACUUCACUUGGACAUUCUCUAAUCAGCUCACUAUUCACUAUCUCGCUCUUGUUAUCUGCCUUUACUUGAGGACAAGUAAAGAUUUAAGUGUGGGGGAACUUGAUAAGCACAUUUCUUAUAUACUAUUUGGGCACACAAAUUCACCAUUUAUUGAGUUAUAUCCAUCCAUUCUUGCUACGACUUGUUGAAUAUUCGAAUGAUAAUCAUAAAAGAGAAUGUUGACUAGUGAAUUGUUUAUUUUGCAGAAAAGUGCGCAAAGGCACUAUAAUCGUCAAGACUUCUACUAUGUUGCUAACGAGAAGAGAGAAGGGCAUGAAAGAAAUACGUCAAGGCUUGAGCAUGAAGGAAAGAAGUAAUGUAGGGGAGCAAACUAAAAGAAGAGGAGGAUCUUCUUGGGAAGAAAUGAAGAGAAGAGGAGGGCCAAUGUGCAAAUGUGGCAGAUCAGAGAGGGGAAUGAAAUCCCUAGCCGCACCUCAUUGCAAAUCGGUGCCUGGCAUCUCCAUCCCCUCUUUCCCCCGCCUCCUUCUUCCACCUCCGGCCGCCGCCGCGGCCAGGCCGGCGUGGCGGCGCGCCACCAAGCACCUCCACCUGCUCCACAACCCCGCAGCACCUCCACCCGUGCCAUCGCACUCCCACCACAUCACCAUCACCACUAGCACCGCCGCGCGCCAUCACUCUCCUCCCCCUACACCAUCCAUCCAUCGCAGCCGCGCCACCGCGCCAUCACCAGCAUCCACCAUCAUCGAUCCAUCUCCACCUUCACUGCGCCAUCCAUCCACCAUCUCCAGCCACCGCCGUACCUCGCGUGCCCAACCAGAAAAAGGGGAACACAAGCGUCUGGUCAUCCGCAUGAGGGCGCCCCCGUUUUGCUGCUCUACUUCUCCUAACUCAUGAUGUUGCUCUUCUCUCCACGCCCCCACUACUUCUUCUUUUUCCCCUUGACCUCCUGCUGCUGUCUCCUCGUCUUCCUCCCUGAACCAUAACUGCUGCUGCUCCCUUCUCCUCACGCCUCUGCUACAGGCUGCUGCUCGUUAUCUGAACCAACUGCUGGCUGUUAUUACUUCUCCCCAAAACUUCCGCUGCUCCUCUUUCUUGCUGCUCCUUUUCUCAAACGCCCCUGCUGCUCCUAAUCUGAACCAUAAACUGUUGCUAUCUCUCUUUUAUCCUCUCUAUAUUCUCUGAAUUUCUAUAAGCUGAGAUGUGUAAUGCCUUGUAAUGUUCAGAUUUGAGUUGUGCUUGAAAUUUGGUCAGUUUCAGAUUUGUGCUUGAUUAGUAGUACUUAUUUUGUUCAUCUGAGAGUAUUAGAAUAGUAUCCUGUAGUAUCAUAUUCGUAUUUGUGUAUGUGUGUGUUCAUCUAAUUUGUUCCAGUUUAUAGUCCAUGUGUUUACUCUAGUACGAGUGUUAUAUAAAUAUGUGUGUGUGUGAGUGAGUGAGUGAUUGUUGUGUGAUGAUGACACUUGUUCAGUCCGAAGACAUGUGUGUUUCUUACUUAUUUUGUUGACCAGUGACAGUUUGUACUGUUACAUUGUGUCCCUCAUUUCGAAUGUAUGAGAUCUAGCUAUAUA